AUGGUGGAGAUAAAAUCGAAGCUCUUGAGCUCGAUGCACCUUGAUAGAAGUUACAGUCUCUUUACAGUAAAGAACGCAGCUGUUCUGCUCGAACUUUUUAAUCUACUGGACGUGCACGAAAUAGGCCAGCUCAAUGACAUCCAGUUCACAUCGUUCCUGAAAACCGUCACUGCAUUCAGCCACGAUAGUGUGGAACGUGUCUUCAAAAUGGUUGACAAUGGAACUGGACAGAUAACUUGGGAAAACUUUUAUCUCGUCUGCGCGAUUCUGAUUUCACUGAAGGACCGAACCGAAAAGCAAUUUCUCUUCAGACACUCAAAAAUUGUAUUUGGACUGAUGGACGAAGACGGAGGAGGGACAAUUUCCGCCGAGGAAUUCAAACGCUAUGGAUUUUUAUUCAACUUGAAUGAUCAGUCGAUUGGCGAGUUGUUUCAAGAGUUUGAUGUGUCAGGAGAUGACGAGCUCGAUUACAAGGAGUUUAGAAUGUUUGCAAUGGCUUGCAUCGACAAACAACGAGAGCUGGAGCAACAACAGGAGGAAGAAGAAGGAAAAGAAAAAUCGUCAUGCAUCAUUCUUUAG